AGAAGAAGAAGCAGAGUUUAUAAGGACAAUCCCAUUUUAAACCCUAGAAAUCCAGUGUCAAUCUCGGAAACCUUCUGAUUUUGCGACAAUGGCAGUCACAGAUGCUGAAAGUCCUCAUCUUGGGGAAAUUACUUGUGGUACCUUACUUCAGAAGUUGCAGGAAAUCUGGGAUGAAGUUGGUGAGAGUGAUGAGCAACGAGACAAACUGCUUCUUCAGAUAGAGCAAGAGUGUCUUGAUGUUUACAAGAGAAAAGUUGAGCAGGCUGCGAAAUCCCGAGCUGAGCUUCUUCAAACCUUGUCAGAUGCUAAUGCUGAACUUUCCAGCCUCACAACAUCUCUUGGAGAGAAAAGCUUAGUUGGCAUUCCGGAUAAGUCUUCAGGAACGAUUAAAGAACAACUUGCUGCUAUAGCACCAGCUCUUGAACAACUGUGGCAACAGAAAGAGGAGAGAGUCCGAGAGUUCUCUGAUGUACAAUCACAAAUUCAGAAGAUAUGUGGAGAGAUUGCUGGAGGUUUGAGCAAUGAGGUUCCUAUAGUCGAUGAGUCUGAUUUGUCACUGAAGAAAUUAGACGAUUUCCAGAGCCAACUCCAAGAGCUCCAGAAAGAGAAGAGUGACAGGCUGCACAAGGUGUUAGAGUUUGUGAGUACUGUUCAUGAUCUAUGUGCCGUUCUUGGUUUGGAUUUCUUAAGCACCGUCACUGAAGUUCAUCCGAGCUUAGAUGAAGAAACCGGUGUUCAGUCUAAGAGCAUUAGCAAUGAGACACUUUCAAGGUUGGCUAAAACUGUCUUGACUCUUAAAGAUGAUAAGAAGCAAAGACUUCAAAAGCUUCAAGAGCUGGCUACUCAGCUAAUUGACCUGUGGAAUCUGAUGGAUACUCCUGAUGAGGAAAGGGAGCUUUUUGAUCAUGUUACCUGUAACAUUUCAUCUUCAGUGGAUGAGGUCACUGUGCCAGGUGCUCUUGCACGUGAUUUGAUCGAGCAGGCUGAGGUGGAAGUGGAUAGGCUUGACCAGCUGAAAGCUAGCCGGAUGAAGGAAAUUGCGUUCAAGAAGCAAUCUGAGCUUGAAGAGAUAUAUGCUCGUGCCCAUGUAGAAAUAAACCCGGAAUCUGCUCGUGAGAGAAUCAUGUCGCUGAUUGAUUCCGGAAACGUUGAGCCUACUGAAUUAUUGGCAGACAUGGAUAGCCAGAUAGCAAAGGCUAAGGAAGAAGCAUUUAGUAGAAAAGAUAUAUUAGACCGAGUCGAGAAAUGGAUGUCAGCUUGUGAGGAAGAGAGCUGGCUAGAAGACUACAAUCGGGAUCAGAACAGGUACAGUGCAAGCAGAGGCGCACACUUGAAUCUCAAGAGAGCUGAGAAAGCUCGGAUUCUAGUUAGCAAGAUUCCUGCCAUGGUUGACACAUUGGUUGCCAAGACCCGGGCGUGGGAAGAGGAACACAGCAUGUCCUUUGCCUACGAUGGUGUUCCUCUGCUAGCAAUGCUAGACGAGUAUGGUAUGCUUAGGCAAGAACGAGAAGAGGAGAAACGGAGGCUGAGGGAACAAAAGAAGGUUCAAGAACAGCCACACAUAGAGCAAGACUCUGCCUUUAGCACCAGGCCAAGCCCUGCAAGACCGGUCAGUGCUAAAAAAACGGUGGGGCCACGAGCUAACAACGGAGGAGCCAAUGGAACACCAAACCGGCGUUUAUCUUUGAAUGCAAACCAGAAUGGAAGCAGGUCUACUGCAAAAGAAGCAGGGAGAAGGGAGACUCUCAACAGGCCGGCUGCUCCCACAAACUACGUUGCCAUUUCGAAAGAGGAAGCUGCUUCAUCACCGGUUUCUGGUGCUGUAGAUCAUCAAGUUCCAGCUUCACCAUGAUGAUUUGAAAAAAAUGAAAAAAGAUCUGUAAU